AUGUUUGAUAUGACCGGCAAAUAGACAGGCACAACUGGGAUGCAUACAGGUACCCAUGGCUGGGGACCUAUCACAGUCAAGAUCAGAUUAUCACACAGUGGCAUGAGGACUCUACUGCUGUUUCUCGGUUUGAUGUUCCCAAACAGCAAAAUCGCUGAUCCAUGUGUGAACCACACAGUCUUGGAUCCGACCAGGAGGAGCAUUAAAUUGGGUCUAAAAGAAUGCUUAUACCGAGAUGAGUGUGGUAACAAUCUCCAACAGGGAUGGUACAGCUUUAAUAGUUCUGGUGAAUGGAUGAUUCCAGAGAAUGCUAUCCCAAUUGAUCACUGCUGCACAAGGAGUACAGGCUGGUUAAAUGGUCGCCAUCCCUCCGUGAGUGAAGGGGAGGUAACUAGGACUAUCUGUUUUAAUUGGAAUAAUAAUAACUGCUCCUCCAGGCAAGACAUCAUCAUCAAGAAAUGUUCCACAUUCUUUGUGUAUGAGUUGAAGCCGACACAAUUCUGUAAUGCUGGAUAUUGUGCAGAAAGAGUACCAACUCAAAGACACAAGGAUCUAUCGACAACAUUUUCGAUUGACAUUGCCUCGCCUGACUCUUCAGGGUCUGAGACUUCUACUUUGAAUUCGUUUACUCUUCCAUCCAACCCGACGGAAUUUUAUAACCUUCAGACUGAUGCUGAGCAAGGCUCUCCGCAUCAAUGGGUUCAUGUGAUGAUCACUUCGGAUGCAGAGAUUGACAACAAAAAGGCGAAGAAAAUCACGCUGAAGACGCUUCAGGAAAUGGUCAAUGAGCGAGCCCGGAGGAAUGUGGAAUUAGUCCAGGAGGAGGGACACUGUGUGGCUGUGGUCGCUUCAGGACCUGAAGGAAACUGAGUGUGGUCAUGAGGCCCAAACACCCAGGCAUCGCCUUGCCAUAAUGAUCACUGGAUUGCUACAACCGAAUUGGCCUUCACACUUCUGACAUAACCAAAGCAAACCAUUAGCAGUUAGUUCUGCUGUUGAAUAGAAACGUGCUUCCUUUAUAGUGGUAACGAAUAUGCUUUAUAUUGCACUUUUCCCCACCGUAUGCUACAUUUAAGCAUAGAUGGCCCUUUUAACAAAUGGCGAACAACAAGUGCAGGGCCCUCGACCCUUCCAGCCUGCUCAAAUGAUCCAAUGUGAUCCCCGAUCUGAUUUUAACCUCAGCGCCCAAUUCAAAGAUAGUCUUUCAUCCACUCAGUAUUCAGUGAUCAUUCAACAAAAAAAUUCUAUUGCCUGCAUUCGCUGAAUUUUGAGGAAGGGAGACCCCGAAAACUCACCGAAGUUUAACAGAACAACUGGGACAUUUCUCAUUUCUGUCUUAAAUGGAUGACCCAUUUUUAAAAGACAAAUCUUGAUGGAUCCCAUUGGUUACACAAGAGGGAAAAUUAUGUCCGGCUCCACCCAUUAAAUUAGAUCUUAUAUGCUUUGAAUAUGUCACGUGUAGUUUAGCCAGCCACAAUCAUAUUGAGUGGCAGAGCAGGCUCUCAGGUCAGAGCCUCUACUAUUGUUCUUUGCUUGCAACUUAGCUAUACACGGAAGGCAGCUGUCUGACAGCAGGAAAUACACAACACAAAGAAUAACCUUUUCCCCUUUGGUACACUGGCCAGACUGAAAAAAAAUGUGGUAAUCAAUACCGAAUAUCAGGGGUUUUGUGCUCGGUGGUUUUUGCAAGGGGCGAAUUUGGCAGUAUGCGCGUUCUCAAUUCAAAAACCCAGUUAACUGACUUUCUAUGAAAUACUUUGGUAAAUCUACGUCAAAUUCGUUAGGCUAUGGGUGGGCUUGCUACUUCUGGCACAUGGGAUCAACAUUUUCAG